UGGGUCGGGGGUGGAGGAGUCGGAAGUGGUUGGGGUUUGGGGGAGGAGAUCGGCUCACACACAAGAGGAGAGUGUUGAGCCGCCAUAUCUGCUGCUGCCGCCGCAGUUGCGAAUGCAGCAUCGGCGCUUAGCUGCUUUCACGGUGCCGCUAAGGUUCGCGUCGCUACCCCUUGGCCCUUCGCUCUUGCUGCCUUAACCCCGCCGGCGGAGCCCGCUCUUUCUGGCCUGUUGAGCCCGCUCCCUCACUGCCACACAGCAAGUCUUGAGACCAUGGAUUCGGGCAGCAGCAGCAGCGACUCGGCGCCCGACUGCUGGGACCAGGUGGACAUGGAAGCCCCGGGGUCCAGCGGGGAUGGAGUCUUCUCUGCGGUGGCCGAGGCCGGGCGCGAGCCCCUCAGCUCGGCUUUCAGCCGUCAGCUCAACGUCAACGCCAAGCCCUUCGUGCCUAACGUACAUGCCGCGGAGUUCGUGCCGUCCUUCCUGCGGGGCCCGACUCAGCCGCCCACCCCGCUGGCCGGCUCCGGCCGCAACGCUGAAACCUGCACCGGCGCGGGAUACCCUCAAGGUAAAAGGAUGGGACGGGGGGCACCUGUGGAAACUUCCCGAGAGGAACCGUUAGUGUCGCUUGAAGGUUCCAAUUCAGCCGUUACCAUGGAACUUUCAGAACCUGUUGUAGAAAAUGGAGAGGUGGAAAUGGCCCUAGAAGAAUCAUGGGAGCACAGUAAAGAAGUAAGUGAAGCCGAGCCUGGGGGUGGUUCCACGGGACAUUCAGGGCCCCCAGAAGAAAGUGGUCAGGAAAUGAUGGAGGAGAAAGAGGAAAUAAGAAAAUCCAAAUCUGUGACCGUACCCUCAGGUGCUCCUAAGAAAGAACACGUAAAUGUAGUAUUCAUUGGCCAUGUAGACGCUGGCAAGUCAACCAUCGGAGGACAGAUAAUGUUUUUGACUGGAAUGGUUGACAAAAGAACACUGGAGAAAUAUGAAAGAGAAGCUAAGGAGAAAAACAGAGAAACCUGGUAUUUGUCCUGGGCCUUAGAUACAAAUCAGGAAGAACGAGACAAGGGUAAAACAGUCGAAGUGGGUCGUGCCUAUUUUGAAACAGAAAGGAAACAUUUCACAAUUUUAGAUGCCCCUGGCCACAAGAGUUUUGUCCCAAAUAUGAUUGGUGGUGCUUCUCAAGCUGAUUUGGCUGUGCUGGUCAUCUCUGCCAGGAAAGGAGAGUUUGAAACUGGAUUCGAAAAAGGUGGACAGACAAGAGAACAUGCGAUGUUGGCAAAAACUGCCGGGGUAAAACAUUUAGUAGUGCUUAUUAAUAAGAUGGAUGAUCCCACAGUAAAUUGGAGCAUCGAGAGAUAUGAAGAAUGUAAAGAAAAACUGGUACCCUUUUUGAAAAAAGUCGGCUUCAGUCCAAAAAAGGACAUUCACUUUAUGCCCUGCUCAGGACUGACCGGAGCAAAUAUUAAAGAGCAGUCAGAUUUCUGCCCUUGGUACACUGGAUUACCAUUUAUCGCAUAUUUGGAUAACAUGCCAAACUUCAACAGAUCAAUUGAUGGACCAAUUAGACUGCCAAUUGUGGAUAAGUACAAGGAUAUGGGCACUGUGGUCCUGGGAAAGCUGGAAUCUGGGUCCAUUUUUAAAGGCCAGCAGCUUGUGAUGAUGCCAAACAAGCACAAUGUAGAAGUUCUUGGAAUACUUUCUGAUGAUACUGAAACUGAUUUUGUAGCCCCAGGUGAAAACCUCAAAAUCAGACUGAAAGGAAUUGAAGAAGAAGAGAUUCUUCCAGGAUUCAUACUUUGUGAUCCUAGUAACCUUUGCCAUUCUGGACGCACCUUUGAUGUUCAGAUAGUGAUUAUUGAGCACAAAUCCAUCAUCUGCCCAGGUUAUAAUGCGGUGCUGCACAUUCAUACUUGUAUUGAGGAAGUUGAGAUAACAGCCUUAAUCUCCUUGGUAGACAAAAAAUCAGGAGAAAAAAGUAAGGCACGACCCCGCUUUGUGAAACAAGAUCAAGUGUGCAUUGCACGUUUAAGGACAGCAGGAACCAUCUGCCUCGAGACGUUCAAAGAUUUUCCUCAGAUGGGUCGUUUUACUUUAAGAGAUGAGGGUAAGACCAUUGCAAUUGGAAAAGUUCUGAAACUGGUCCCAGAGAAGGACUAAGCAAUUUUCUUGAUGCCUCUGCAGAUACUGUGAGGAGAAUUGACAGCAAAAGUUCACCAUCCACUCUUAUUUACUAACCAUUGACUGACUUUUCUUCAUAUUUUGCAAAGAAAAUUUCACAGCAAAAAUUCAUGUUUUGUCAGCUUUCUCAUGUUGAGAUCUCAGUUAUGUCACUGUUGAAUUUACCCUCAAGUUUCCUUCCUCGGUACCACUCUGCUUCCUUGGACAAUUAUCAGUAAUAGCUUUCUAAGUGAUGUGGACAUAAUUGCCUAUAGUAAUGAGAAAUUAAUGUACUUUAAUUUUUCAUUUUCCUUUAGGAUAUUUAGACCACCCUUGUUCCACGCAGACCAGUCAGAGUGUGUCAGUGUUUGUACAUGUUAAAAUGAUAACUAACAUGUGAAUAAAAUACUCCAUUUGAAA